AUGCGGCUGUAUUCAAUGGUAGACGAGGAGCAAUACUUUGCAAAAGUCAAGGCAACUAUUGAUAUUGAGAAGCCGCUUCGUAGCUGGCUUCAAGCUUCACACCCAGCUCUGGGAAAUUUCAGGGUGGAGAUAGUGUAUGAAUGUCUGCCUUUAUUCUGCUACAAGUGUGGGAGGAUUGGCAACGAUGAACAGCACUGCCGAUUUUCGCCACCUCAUUCGGGUGUCGAAAAUUAUGGCCCACAUAUGAUGACGGAGAUCUUCGGCAACAGGCUAUAUGACCGGACUCUGCUCCCGUCAAACCCGCCGGCGACGAGAGGAACAAAACAAGCUUGGGGGUCUAGUCCUAGGCCUAACCAAUGUCGGUCAUCAACCGUUUGGCUUAACCCAAAUCUGGUGGCUGGUAGUGGGGGAGAACAUGGCAAAGCAAGCGGUGAUCAUGACUAA